CCCAAGCCGAGAGGCCCCGGAAGUGGUCGGCCGCUUGCGACGCCCCGGAAGUGACGUGCUCUCCCGAGCCGGGGCCAUGUCACCUGCAAGGCUUUUCUCAGCAAGAUUGAGGACCGUGUUUGAGGACGUGGGGCAUUGGGCUUUGUCCACACGGGCUGGCCUCAAGCCCAGCCGGCGACUGCCACAGCAGGCUUCUCCCAGGCUGCUCUCGGUCGGCCGUGCGGACCACGCCAAGCGUCAGGAACUCCCGGGGAAGAAGCCGCUCUCUGAGAAAAAGCUGAAAAGGUAUUUUGUGGACUGUCGGAGAGUGCUUGUCUGUGGAGGAAACGGAGGCGCCGGGGCAAGCUGCUUCCACAGUGAGCCCCGCAAGGAGUUUGGAGGCCCCGAUGGAGGGGACGGAGGCAACGGCGGACACGUCAUUCUGAGAGUUGACCAGCAAGUCAAGUCCCUGUCGUCGGUCCUGUCGCGGUACCAGGGUUUCAGUGGAGAAGACGGCGGCAGUAAAAACUGCUUCGGGCGCAGUGGCGCCGUCCUCUACGUCCAGGUCCCCGUGGGCACGCUGGUGAAGGAGGGAGGCAGAGUCGUGGCCGACUUGUCUCGCGUGGGAGACGAGUACAUCGCCGCACUGGGCGGGGCAGGAGGGAAAGGCAACCGCUUCUUCCUGGCCAACGACAACCGUGCCCCUGUGACCUGUACCCCUGGACAGCCAGGACAGCAGCGAGUUCUCCACCUAGAGCUCAAGACGGUGGCCCACGCCGGGAUGGUGGGAUUCCCCAAUGCCGGGAAGUCCUCACUGCUCCGGGCCAUUUCAAACGCCAGACCCGCCGUGGCUUCCUACCCGUUCACCACCCUGAAGCCCCACGUCGGGAUCGUCCACUAUGAAGGCCACCAACAAAUAGCAGGUAGAACUUCCAGAAUUCUCCCAAAGGUUACGUUUAAAUGA